AAUUAGCACGCGCAGCAACAAGUGAGCCACACGUGCACACGAGGGGGGAGAGGGACGGCGAGCGCGGAUGGGCGCAGAGGCUCUGCUCCGGCAGCAGGAGCCAUGGUUCGUCUCGCUGGCCAUACUUGGCGCCCUCUACGUCGCGGCCUUCGCGUGUCGCCUCCUACACAUCUCCGGCAUCGCGCUCUGCCUGCGCGGCCCCAAGGACCUUCGCCGCCGCUAUGGGGCGUGGGCCGUCGUCACCGGCCCGACAUCCGGCAUCGGCCGCUCCAUGUCCCUGGAGCUCGCGCGGUGCGGCCUCAACCUCAUCAUCGUCGGCCGCGACCCCGCCAAGCUCCAGAACAUCGCCGGAACCGUCUCCAAAACCCACGGAGUGCUAACCAAGACCGUGCAGUUUGACUUCUCCCUCGUCUCCACUCCUCAAGGGGAAGAGGCGAUGGGGCGGCUCCGGCAGGCGGUGGAUGGGCUGGAGGUGGGAGUGCUGGUGAACAACGCCGGCGUGGCGACGCCGCAUGCAACGUACCUCCACGAGGCCGACGCGGAGGCGUGGGUGAGGAUGAUACGGGUCAACCUGUUGGCCGUGACGGAGGUGACAGCGGCCGUGCUGCCCGGCAUGGUGGAGCGGGGGAGGGGCGCCGUGGUCAACAUCGGCUCCGGCGCCGCAGAGGCGUUGCCCUCCUACCCGCUCUACUCCGUCUACGCCGCCACCAAGCGCUAUGUUGCUCAGUUGUCCAGGAGCCUAUACGUUGAGUAUAGGGUCAAGGGAAUCGAUGUGCAGUGUCAGGCACCGCUGUACGUAGACACGAAGAUGGUGACGAACAUGGUGACGCGGGGAGGGCUCCUGUCCUGGCUGAUCUUUCCGACGUCGGACGCGUACGCUCGUGCUGCGGCGCGCUGGAUCGGGCACCGCCGCCCGGUCUGCAUGCCCAACCUCGGUCACCGGCUGCAGUGGUGCUUCUCCCACUUUGUCCCGGAUCGCGUCCUCGCCGCGCACCGCCUCCACGAGAACCUCCGGCAGCGGGCCGUCUUCCAGCAGCUCAGGUCAUCAUCAGGCCAGAGCACCGUCGGACGUCGUUAGCGGCGACCUGACCAGCCAGCAUAGUUUGUUGGCAGGAGUAAUAAAUGAUUUUGUUAGCUUGGUAUUUAUUAUUAUGUAAUGUAUCUUUCACAAAUAUUCUGAAUUUUUCUUAUCUGAGGUCGGCGAUCUGGACAACAAAGAUAUAAUGUACUGUAGUUUGGUUUUGUGGGACAGCGGA